GCACCACUGCGCCGGAAGUUCUUAGCCCGUGGAUAAGACUCUGGGUAACCCCGCGCGAGGUCCUUUUCCGCCGGAGCCACCGAGAGGGGAGCCGAGGUCCUCCUCCAUAAUGACUGAGUGGGAGACAGCCCCUGCUGUGGCAGAGACCCCUGAUAUCAAGCUCUUUGGCAAAUGGAGCACAGAUGAUGUCCAAAUCAGUGACAUCUCAUUGCAGGAUUACAUUGCUGUGAAGGAGAAAUACGCCAAGUAUUUGCCCCACAGUGCUGGUCGAUAUGCUGCCAAGCGCUUCCGCAAAGCCCAAUGCCCCAUUGUGGAGCGCCUCACCAACUCCAUGAUGAUGCAUGGACGCAACAAUGGGAAAAAGCUUAUGACUGUGCGCAUUAUCAAGCAUGCAUUUGAGAUCAUCCAUCUACUCACAGGAGAGAACCCCUUGCAAGUCCUUGUGAAUGCCAUCAUCAACAGCGGUCCUCGUGAAGACUCCACCCGUAUUGGUCGAGCUGGCACAGUGAGGAGGCAGGCUGUGGAUGUGUCACCACUGCGCCGCGUCAAUCAGGCAAUCUGGUUGCUCUGCACUGGGGCCCGUGAGGCUGCCUUCAGGAACAUUAAGACCAUAGCGGAGUGCCUUGCAGAUGAGCUGAUCAAUGCUGCUAAGGGUUCAUCUAACUCCUAUGCCAUCAAGAAGAAGGACGAGCUGGAACGUGUGGCCAAAUCCAACCGUUAAGAGCUCAAACUUAGAGGAUCAAAGCAAAUAAAUCAUUGGUUUUCAUACUGUU